CAUAAUCCCCACUCCUCUCUCUCUCUCUCUCUCUCUAUAUAUAUGCAAUGGACAGAGGCUUCUUGGUGGAGCUGCCCCUUCUCUGGUCUUCUUGAUUUUGCUUUGCAUGACCUCUCUUCUGCCUUACUGCUGAUUUCCUAGCCAGCCCAUCUUCUCUUUUUAUCAAAAAAACAACCUUACCAAUUGUUUCUUACUUCUAUUUGGGAAAAGCUUUAGUUGGUGCAUGGAUGGAUCCUUCAGGUGCACAGCAUCAUCACCAGGACAUGUCUUCCCAGACUCUAGAAAGCAUGCUAGUAUGCACAAAAGCACAGCAAGACAAGAAGCCAAGGCCACCUGAACAAGCCCUGAAAUGCCCUAGAUGUGACUCCACCAACACCAAAUUUUGUUAUUACAACAACUACAGCCUCACUCAGCCAAGGUACUUUUGCAAGUCAUGCAGGAGGUAUUGGACUAAAGGUGGAACCUUGAGAAACGUUCCAGUGGGUGGAGGUUGCAGAAAGAACAAGAGAUCAUCAUCCUCAUCAUCAUCUUCAAAAAGGGGCCAAGAUCAAGCAGUUGUUGCAACUAACACCAACCCACUUUCGUCCCUAACAAAUUUGCCGUACGACUCUGAUAUCAGCCUUGCCAUUGCUAGGCUCCAAAAGCAAACAAAUGGCCAUCUGGGAUUUGAUCAUGACCAUGAACUUCCUAUGCUGGGAAACCCUAACAAUCCCCAUUGUGAAGUUCUUGGAAACCAUAAUGGUCAUCACCAUCAUGUUAACAGUAGUGGUUCAGCUGCAGGGGGCUUUUUUGAUGCAUUUAGAGGAGGUUUUCUUGAAAAUCCGAAUGGCUUUCACAAUUUGUACUAUGGGAUGAGUAAUGGAAACAUGGGGCAUGUUGAAAAUGGGGGUGGCCUUGGCCUCAAUGGUAGUGAAGAAAUGUCAAUGGUGCCAUAUGAGGACAUUGGUGGAGCAACCACAACUGCAACAACAGUUACAACAGUGAAGCAAGAAAUCUGCAAUGCAAGAAAUGGUGAAAAUAGGGUGCUUUGGGGAUUCCCCUGGCAGAUUGGUGGCGAGGGAAACAUGGGAUCGGAUCUUGAUUCAGGCAGGCAAAGCUGGAACAACGGAUUUGGUUCUUCUUGGCAUGGACUUCUGAACAGCCCUCUCAUGUAGAGAUCGUUAGGAAAUCGAUAUGGCAAGAAAGGGGAAGGAAAACAAAAAAAACAAAUAGAUAGAGUUUUGUUCGAAUAUCAGACAAAAAACCUUAAAUUAAUUUCAUGAGUUUGUGUUAAAAGACUUGAUUCACCAGAAUCAAUGUCUUAAUUCUUUUUUUUUUUUUUUUUGGUUUUUAGCACGGUAGUGUAUUUCAGCUUUGUUUCUUUUAUUUAGUGGAGAAAUGAUAGUAGUUUUUUUUUUUUUUCAACAAACGAGUGGAGAAAUGAUAGUAGUAAAGUAAAUUGUUUUUAAGUAGAACCUGCAGUGGGUUGUGGGAUUUGUUUGCUUAUUUAAAGAAAGUGACUGACAGAAAGAAAUGACAUGGA